AUGAGCGACGAGACUCCUCAGAGAUUCGAGACCCUCCAGCUUCACGCUGGCCAGGAGCCUGACCCGGCGACUAGGUCUCGCGCGACGCCCAUCUACGCCACUACUUCAUACGUCUUCAAUGACUCCGCGCACGGUGCGAGGCUGUUCGGCCUCAAGGAGUUCGGCAACAUCUACAGCCGCAUCAUGAAUCCCACCGUCGAUGUCUUCGAGAAGCGUAUGGCAGCCCUCGAGAACGGCGUUGCGGCCGUCGCAGCCGCGUCCGGUCAGGCUGCUCAGUUUCUGGCCAUCGCCGCCCUUGCCGAAGCUGGCGACAACAUCAUCUCGACCUCGAACCUGUACGGCGGUACUUACAACCAGUUCAAGGUUGCCUUCCGGCGCCUAGGCAUCAACACCAAAUUCGUCAAUGGCGACAAGCCUGAGGACUUCAAGGCCUUGAUCGAUGACAAGACCAAGGCUAUUUACCUUGAGAGCAUUGGCAACCCCAAGUACAAUGUGCCAGACUAUGAGGCAAUCUGCAAAAUUGCGCACGAUGCCGGUGUGCCUGUUGUUGUUGACAACACCUUCGGUGCCGGCGGUUUCUUCUGUCGCCCCAUUGACCAUGGCGCUGACAUUGUCGUGCACUCGGCAACCAAGUGGAUUGGUGGUCACGGUACCACCAUCGGCGGUGUCGUUAUCGACAGCGGCAAGUUCGACUGGGGCAAGAACGCGAAGCGCUUCCCCACCAUGGUCGAGCCUUCGCCCGGCUACCACGGCCUGAAGUUCUGGGAGACGUUCGGCCCCAUCACUUUCGCCAUCCGUGUCCGCGUCGAGAUCCUCCGAGACCUCGGCCCGGCGCUGAACCCCUUCGCUGCCCAGCAGCUCCUGCUCGGUCUUGAGACGCUCUCUCUGCGUUGCGAGAGGCACGCCGAGAACGCGAUCAAGCUCGCCAGGUGGCUCGAGCAGAACCCCAAUGUCUCGUGGGUCUCGUACCCUGGUCUCGAGAACCAUCCCAGCCACCAGCUCGCCAAGAAAUACCUCCCCAGGGGCUUCGGCGGUGUCUUGUCUUUUGGUGUCAAGGGUGACGCCGAGGCGGGUAGCCAGGUCGUUGACAAUUUGAAGCUUAUCUCCAACCUCGCCAAUGUCGGUGACUCCAAGUCUUUGGCCAUUCACCCCUGGAGCACCACUCAUGAGCAACUUAGCGAUGAAGAGAAGAUCAGCAGUGGCGUCACUGAAGAUCUCAUCCGUAUCUCUGUCGGAACCGAGCAUAUCGACGACAUCAUUGCCGACUUCGAGCAGUCUUUCGCACAGUCCGCGACCAAGCCGGAGGCUUCUGGCGAUGCGGCGAACGCUGCCAAGACGGGCAGCGUUGCUGUUGACGCUAAGCUGAGCGGUUCCACCUAG